AUGUCUUCUUAUCGUCUCAGUCACGAAGAUGGCUACGUCACUGGUCAAGCUUUCAGAAAGCCACUGGUGGCUAGCUGGGAGCCCAACUUUCGACCGGCGGUACCUACCACCUUCUUCUGCUUAGCAUGGAUCUUUGUGCUGUGCUUGACCUUACCAUCUCGUUCUCCAACAUGGCGUCUCAUACGACUGGCUUCGUUCCCGGCGAUAGCCUCAAUCUCGCUUCAGCUUACCUUCAAUCGGACAUAUACGCUCGGCAACCCACUCCGUGACCUUGCCAUGCCGACCAUUACUUGGACCAUCGUGUGCAAGGCGGUAGAGAUCUGUCUGGUCUGUUCAAAAGGAGGUCCCCGUCAGAUUCGACCUUUCCUGCCCAAAAGCAAGUUUCCAGUGUCGAAGAUGGACCCAAGCGAAUACGCACAAUACGAGUGGAAGGAGAUAGAGUUCCCGCAGCUGUUCUCAUGGGCUCGUUUGAUGUACGGCCUUGACACGCUCGGGCUAAGACGUGUUGGUACCAGUCCGAUCCUUCCAAAGCAAGGGAGAGCGUUGGAAUGGUCGAAGCGUGGGCUCAACGAGUGGUCGCGCUACCUCAAAGUCAACAAGUGCAAACCCGAGGAUAUACCAGCUCAUUCGCCAGUAAGACGAUUCGGACAGCCAGAGAUGCCAUUCCUUGCUGCUGCGCUACAGCUGCUCUUCAUGCGCUUCUCCUUCCAAUGGCUCUACGCUCUCGCAGCUGCAACCUCAGAGAUGAUCAGCGUCUUGGGCUUCUACAUCCCAGUUGGGUCGCCCCAAUCUCGCAAGCUGUGGUAUUCGAUUCUUCCAUCAACCUUUACAAGCAAGCAGUUCACUCUGCUGGGUGUGCCAACAUCUGCAUUUGACCUACCUUUGCUCACCCGCCUCGGCAUGGUCCUGAGUGUGGGCGGCGCUGUCUGCCUGUUGGGCGCUGUGGCUGAGGGAACCAUGCUGCUGUUCUGGAAUCCAAAGCCAGCCACAUCCUUCCUGUCUACUUUCAACCGACCUGUCACUUCACCCGGCCUUGCACAUCUUUGGGCACGAAGCUGGCACGCCGCUUCCCAGCGAGACUACCUCAACAUAGCUUCCUUCAUGCCUUUCUCUCGAUACGAGCCAUUGCAGUUGCUCUACGUAUUCUUCUGGUCAGGUGUACAACACUCUUGGAUGUUUUCAAGGCUCCGUACUUCUCCUACAGCUAAGAUUACACUCCUCACGGUCUUGACAGGAAUGCUCGAUCAAGGUAUGAUCACCUUCUUCAUCAGCCAAGGCGUCGGAAUUUGGAUUGAAAAAGCAGCACUUGAUGCGAUCCCAGCAGCUUGGAAGAAGCAACGUUUCCUCAUCGGUCUAGCUAGAAGGUUGUGGAUGUUCACAGUCCUCGUGUUUCCAGGCAUGCUUUUCCUCGAUAGCUUAUUGCGAUGCCAGCUGAUGACGAAGGAUAUCUUGGACGGAUUCGGGUUGCGGGCACUGGGGUUGAUGGUUCAAGGCAAAAAGUACUAA